AUGGGUAUUGUUAUACCCAGGGCGAGGGCCGCGCUGAGGCUACAGGAAAGGGAGACCCUUUUUCAGGAGUGGAGUGAGAAGCUCCUAGACCUUCGGCUAGUCUCGGGGAGGAGGGUACGCGAAGCCGUCCAGCCAGUCCUACGGGACUGGGUGGCGAGAAAGGGACGCGGACUAACAUUUUAUGCGACACAGAUGCUCACCGGACACGGAUGUUUCGGUGAGUACCUGUGUCGCAUUGGUAAAGAACGCACCACCGGCUGCCACCAUUGCCCGGAGGAGGUAAACUCGGCGCAACACACUCUGGAGUAUUGUCCAGCGUGGAAAGAGAAGCGCCGAGUUCUCCGGGCAGCGAUAGGGAACGAUCUCUCCCCCCAGGCUAUACUGCUAGCUGCGGUCGGCCCCCGGGGGGAGGACAAGUGGAAGGCGUUUGCCUCCUUCUGCGGCCGAGUAAUGUCGCAGAAGAAGGCGGCUGAACGCGUCAAGAGGGGGGAGGUUACCCCUCCUGAUAGUGAGGACAGUGGCGGCGAUGGACAAUCACCAUCGCCGCGACGCCAGCGUCUCCGUUGUGGCGUGGGUGACAGAACGGGAGGCCGGAGACGGUGGUCACCCCCGCCGCUGCUGCCGCCUUCUGCCUGA